UAUAUAUCGAAUGUUCGGUUCUUGAUUUUUCAGCCAAGGCUACAUUUGGGAAGCAAGAAUGGUAUUUUUUCAGUCCAAGAGACCGAAAGUAUCCGAACGGAGCUCGGCCUAAUCGGGCUGCGACGUCAGGAUAUUGGAAGGCCACUGGUACUGAUAAGCCAGUUAUGACGGCCGGAGGAACUCAGAAAGUAGGGGUGAAGAAGGCACUCGUUUUCUAUGGAGGGAAGCCUCCUAAAGGGAUUAAAACCAAUUGGAUCAUGCAUGAAUAUAGACUUACAGAGAACAAACCAAAUUCAAAGUCUCCAGGGUGUGAUUUAGCCAAUAAAAGGGGCUCUUUAAGGCUUGAUGAUUGGGUACUAUGUCGAAUUUACAAGAAGAACAAUGAGCAAAGGCCUAUGGAUCAAGAACACGAUGUAAUGAUGUUGAGAUCUCCAUCAAUGCCUAUGGGAACGAAGGGAGCCUCGAACUAUGGAGCAUUACUAGAAAAUGAUCAAAAUUGGCACCAAGGGAUGAUGAACAACGUAGUCAUGAAUAAUGGUUCGCUAAUUUCAUUGUGUACUCCCAAAUCCGAACUUUCAUUAAUGGUUGGUUCGAAGAGGAAUUUAUACUGGAACAACAAUAUUGAGGAAGACAAUGAUAAUUCGCCCCCUCCCACAAAGAGAUUUCUUGGAGAAAAUAAUUGUGAUGACACAAAUUCUAUUGCAACCAUUUUAACUCAGCUUCCUCAGGCACCUUCUUUGCAACAAGGAAUGCUCGAUGGGGUUUUCCGACAACCCUAUGAAGUUUCCGGCAUAAAUUGGUACUCGUAGAUGACAAGUUCAAUUCUUCUAGUGGGCCAGAUCGAUUGAUAUAUACAUAAUUGUUACAUAAUAUUUAUAUUUACUUUCAAGAAUU